GGUAAAUUUUGAUAAAUUGAACGCUGAACUAUUAUAAUAGUGAUCCUAGCUCAGUUUUGUACUCUUAUCACAACAACUGUUUGACUACAAAUCUGGUAGAAUGAUAUUUACGUAACGUAAUAUACAUACGAUUGGCAUCAACAUAUUUUACCGCCAUCAUGACUUCUAUGACAUUUGGUCAAAAAAAGUUCAUCCCAACUGCACCAGAAAAGGGUAGCUUCCCGUUGGACCACGGUGGUCAGUGCCGUAAACUUAUGUUGUACUACAUGCGAUGCUUGCGAGAGAACGCAGACGAUAACUCCGCUUGCCGACAGGAAUCCAAAGCAUACUUGCAGUGCCGUAUGGAUAACGAGCUUAUGGCUCGUGAAGAUUUUGCUAAACUUGGUUAUAGUGAAAAAGAAAAUCCAGAACAGUCUUCAUGA